UCAAACAAGUAAAGAAAAGAAUUUGUAGCUUCUCUCCUCUCCUAGCGUCGAGCUUAUCUCUAUAUAAGUCCCUUCUCUGCUUCCUCCUCCAAUUCUUACAACUCUCUCUCUCUCUCUCUCUCUCCCUCUCAAGAUGGCAACACUUUCUAGUAGAAUCGCCACGACUUAUGCUGUUAUUUUGUUCUCUGUCUAUUUAUCAACAGGAGUUGCUUCACUUGGGAUCAAUUAUGGGCAAGUUGCCAACAAUUUACCCCCACCGGAGAGAGUUCUUGAGCUCUUGAGAUCCUUAAAGGUCACGAAAGCAAGAAUCUAUGACACCAAUCCGCAAGUCCUAACAGCAUUCGCGAAUUCCAACGUCGAGCUUAUCGUGACCAUUGAGAACGAUAUGCUAGGCCAGCUGCAGGAUCCCCAGCAAGCCUUGCAAUGGGUGAGCGCCCACAUCAAGCCUUACCUCCCUACCACGCGGAUCACCGGAAUCCAUGUCGGCAAUGAGGUCUUAAACGACCAGGACUCCACGCUCACGGACAAUCUUGUGCCGGCAAUGCAUAGCAUCCACGGAGCUCUGGUCCAGCUAGGGUUAGAUUCCUACGUCCAAGUCUCCUCCCCAAAUUCCUUGGCGGUCCUCGCCCAGUCGUUCCCUCCUUCAGCCGGUAGCUUCGACAGCAAAGUCUCCAGCGUGGUCUAUCAAUUCUUGCAAUUCUUGUUGGCUACCAAUUCACCAUACUGGAUCAAUGCCUAUCCAUAUUUCGCUUACAAGGCCGACCCAUCUCGGAUAUCCCUCGACUAUGUGCUUUUCAACCCAAACCCGGGCAUGGUGGAUCCAUACACUAAAUUGCGCUACGACAACAUGCUGUAUGCGCAAGUGGAUGCGGUCGCUUUCGCCAUGAUGAGAAUGGGUUUCCCAGAGAUCGAAAUUAGGGUUUCCGAGACCGGGUGGCCUUCGAAGGGUGAUCCGGAUGAGGUUGGCGCAACCCUUCAGAAUGCCGCGCUCUACAACAUGAAUUUGCUGAGGAGGCAGCUGAAGAAUGAAGGGACGCCAUGGAGGCCUAACGCGAGGCUCGAGGUCUAUGUGUUUGCCUUGUUCAAUGAGGACAUGAAGCCAGGGCCCACUUCUGAGAGGAACUACGGACUUUUUCGGCCAGAUGGGACAAUGGCUUACAAUGUCGGCCUCUCCGCUCUGUCGACCCCAUCUUCCACCUCCACAGCCACCAUUUCUCUCACUUCUUCUGCGACGAAGGGUGCACGUAAGGAAUAUCAAAGCUUGGUCUACUGGAUGUUUGUGUGUUUGCUGACUUGUCAAGUUUUAUUGCGAAGACAGUUUUAAAGCCGAUGGGAGAUGUGUCGUUGUAUAUAUAUUGCUUUUGGGAAGAUUACUGUAGAGUCUCUUCGUUGGUCCAUGCAUCACAAUAUUCGGGGGGAAAAAUAAUUACUCCAAUUAUAGGAGCUCAUAAUCGAAGAGGAUUCAAAUCCUGAGCAAUUCAUAAUCGAAGAGGAUUCAAAUCCCGAGCAAUUCAUUGUGCUAUAUGAUCUUCAUUAAUCGUAUGAAGGAUUUAAUUUCUGGAUUUUGUCCGUCUUCGAUCAAAUUGAACUUUAUUUUCGUUCCACAUUAGUCGCCGAACGAGAGAGAAGUUCUUUUUAUUAUUUUUAUUAGUGUGUAUUUGUAUAUUUUGGCUAUGCAAUACGCAAAAGUCAAAAG